UGCAGAGGCGGGUAUUUGAAAUUUCAUUUGUACACACUCUGCAAGCCUGAACAUGUCUUGUUUAUAUACACUACGAAACAUGUAAAGCGAAGAUUAGAAUAAAAAGGAAUGGAUUCUGAUGUUUCAUCACCAGUUAAGCCCAUACAGACCCCAAGUAAAGGUCUAAAUAAUAUAGAGAUGAUGUGUAGUCCUAUUGCAUGUGCAAGGUCAAGGACUCCUGGAAGUUCUACUAAAAAAUUAGGUCAUCCUUUGAUGAUGUCCAGCCCAAGUCCAGCACAUAAAUUACCGGGGAGUAGUACUAGAAAUGAAUUAUACCUCAAAAGCGUGCUGAGUCCAUACCACAAAAACUACACACCUCUGUCUGCCACGCCUACAGGGUUCACUCCAAUGUAUAGAACCCCAGGAAGAAAUAUAGGCAGUAGUCCUAUUGUCAAGGAGACACCAGAAACAGCCAAACAACAUCAUUUUGUCACACCUCAAAGACUUGGGCCAAAAAACCCAUUUGAAUUUGAUGUGGAACAUUUAGAAGGCAACAUGUUUAUGAGUCCUGGAGUAUUCUCUUUGCCAGGAUCAACUCCUGCUUCAGAUGAAAAGAAAGCCUUUCGAUGGUCUAUAGAACAUUUGGCUGUCCUUCAUCCUGCAGAUAUUGAUGAAAUGCCCCAUCAACAAGAUCCACAUCAUGGACAUGACAGAGAAACAGAAGAAAAAGCACAGAGAGCAAUAGAUACCUUCUUUAGUAAUAAUCUUGUUGCUCCUUCUCCUGCUACAGGACUUAAAGCAACUCCUAACCCAGGUCAGAGACUAGGAUGUUUGCCUGAAGAGUUACAAGGUUCAAUAAAAAAGCAGUUACCAGGAACAAUUCAAGCAGACAACAAAAAAGAAGCAUCAUGUCAAACUAUGCUGUCAUUGCCAGUGGAUUUUGACAUCAACAAAGUUUUAGGUCAGUUUUUACAGAAUCAGCAGGGGCCAGAUGACAAUCCAGAAAUGUUGAGCACAUCUUCACUAAGAAGAAAACUUUUCUUCCAGGGAGAUAACUCUGGAGUUGCUAUUAGUCCUGUUAAAGGGUUUUUAGGAAAAGAUGAAUCAAGAUUAGCUGGUGGUUGUGCUUCACCAGUCAUUCUGUCUUCUAAAACUCCACAGAAAACAGAGAACCAUGCUACUCCACUAAAGACUCCGUCAAGGAAUCAGUUUUCUUCUAGUCCUAUUAAGAAUGUAAGAGAUUUACAUACACCAUUGUAUAAAAGGACACCAGGUGAAAAUUUUCUGGACAACCUGGACUUCUCACCUAUUGUUCACGGUCAUCUGUCUCGAGUUAGAUCAUCAGGACUAUUUAAUCCACAUAAUGGCAGUUUUGUUGAAGAUGAAUGCUCUCCUAUCAAAGAUGAACAUUUAGCUAGACCACUAGAAAGUCCGGAGAUAUCACCAAUCAAACCAGCAGUAUUACUAAAAACACCGUCCAUCUCUAGCAGUGCUAUUAAACCGUCCUUCCAUAGUCCUGGUGUAUCACCAAUUGCUCUUGCAUCACCUGUUCUGUCUCCACCACAUGAUGGAUCAUUUAUUCAGACUCAUGAAUGUUGCCCUGAGGAUUCUGAUGAGGAUAUGAAAACGCCUUUACCUGCUGAGGUAAAUGAAGAUAAAUUAAAAAAGGCUGAAUCUUGUCGGAAAGUAUCAACACUUGGUCGCCAUAGACAGAGGAAUAUAUUCCCAGAAUUUGACGACACAGCAAUGGACUUUGAACCUGUGCCAAUUCAUAAAAAUUUAAGAUUUGCUGAUGUUGAUGACAUAAAAACAUCAAGUUUACUAGUCAAUCGUGAUAUGUCUUUUGGUGAUAUGGAAUUAACCUCUGAAAAUGCUAUUCAGCCAAAUUCCACUAGUCAGGAUACAGGUUAUCAGACAACUAGCUUACAAAUGACCAGUCAGGACACUGCAAGUGGGUCAGCAUCAAGUUUGACCAAUCAUUUUCCAGUCAAUUCAACUGGUAUUUCAAAUUCUGAUGUUGUUUAUUAUGGGCGACCAUCUACAGUAUUUUCAGAUAUACAACAUACAAAUUUAACAGCUCAAUUUAGCUCCUUGCCAACAAAUUCAUUUUAUUAUGAGGGUGAUAGUGUAUUAGACUGUAAUGAUCACCCUAUGUCUAGUCCAAAGGAAAAUUUAGUUCACCAUAUUUUAGAUAUAACUAAUCCAGAAAAGUUUGGACAUGCGCCUUAUUCAGAAGAAGAGAUUAUAGAUAGAGCAAGGAAAGUUUUACAGCUAGCCAACGAAAUGUAUCCAGAGUCAAAUCAAAGUAACGAAAGAGAGGUACAAGAUAUUUGUGAUAAGACAGGGUUAUCUACCUUGCAUGAGCUAGAAACAAUUGUAUCACCAGAAAAGGGCAUUCAUGUGCCUUUUAAAUCGGCAAGUGAUCAAGCAAUGGAGAUUUUACGUCGAGCUGGAGAAGAUCUGGCCAAAUUUGGACAUUUAUUAUCAUCAAUUAAGGCAUCAGCAGAGAAAAGUAUUCUGAACUUAUGAUAUUUAUUGUAUAAUCCAUCUUAUAUGCCUUUAUCAGUAUUUAUUGUUAGAUCAAAUUUGUCAGGAUUUUGUUUUUAUUUGAAAGAUAAUACAUCAUGUACAUGUAAUUCGUAGGUAUACUGUGGUCAAUUUCUUAAUUUAGCUCUGUUUAGAAAUCCUAUGUGAUAAAUAAAUGAAACUUCACUUACUUACUCAUCUAAGAUAUGAUGAAACAUUUCAUGUAUUUGAGUCACUGUGUCUUUGAAUAAGUUUUGCUUAUAGAUUGAUAUCUCAUGUACACCAUGAUAUAUUAGUUGUAUUUUACCAGCAGUAAAUUCUUCAAAACUGUUCACAACGACCUGCAAGCUUUGGUUGGGUAUUUACGAUUAAAUUCUACCUUAAGCGAUCAUUAUUAAUUAGUUUGCAUUUAUCUUAGGAUUUUGUAGAUUGUUUCACACUUGUACUUCAACUUAUGUUUAGAUUUAAAAAAAUAGAAAAAUGUAGGAAGACAUAUAAACAUGAUAAUAUAGCAAGAGUUGUAUACAAAUUGGUAAUUGCAUAAUAUGAGGACAGUAAAAUUGAGGUCUAUUUUAUCUAUUAUAUACAGAAAUUCAUUCUGUGGCCUUAAAUCUUUUAAUAUCAUUUAUAUGAUAUGAUGGACAGUUUCUAUUGCAAUAUGAUAUGUAACACCAGUUAUGAUUGUUUGACCAGGCUGUCCAUUCCAGGAUUAAAGGUCAGAUUAAUUGGAAACAAUGUUUGGAAAUAGCGGUCACUGUUUCUGUAAUAUUUCAAGUGAUUUAUUUUGAAUAUUUUACAAGUAUUGCAUUAGAAUAAAAAUUAUAGCAAUGUACAGUAAUAUUGUAUUUGAAAAGUUUGCAUCAUCAAUUGGAAUAUGACUUUUGCAAAUAUCUGUCUUACUGGUCCACUAAGCAUUGCCAGGAAAACUAUAUUUGCCAACAUCAAAUCCCCAGUUGACAGUGGCAACUCUUUUAAUACAGUACCCCUUUAUAUGUAUGAGUUUCAUGACUGUAAUCAAAAACUUACAACUUUGUAGCUUUUAGAUAUUUAAUACUUGAUUGCUGCUGUCAUAUUUUUUCAGUGUCAGUCAGGGGUACUACUUGUACAAGUUAUUUUUAUCUGAUUGAAGAAGUAAAUAAUAAUAUACUUAUAUUUAAGUGAAUUUGUUAUAUUCAUAUUUUUUUGUAAUGUUUGAAUAAUCUCCCCUUAAUUUUCUCAAAACAUUUACUUGUAUAAGUAAUUUUUUUUAACAAUCCCUAAAAUUCUCAAAUUUUGGGAUGUAAAAACAUGCCCUAAACAAUUUUUCUCUGGUUAGCUCACAAUUUUUUAUUUGAGUCCAACGUUUCAUCUCAUUAAUUCAACAAAGAAACUAUUUGCACAAAGAUCUUAAGUAAUUGCGCAAGGCCUUCAAAAAUUGCCCCUUGGAGGCUUGAAAAUCAGUAGUGUUUUGAAGAUAACAGACAAAUGAGAUUUUCAUGGUCCAUGAAAUUACAAUUAAAUGAUUAGUAAAGACAUCUGCAAAGGGACAACUUAAAAUUCUGUUAGAGAAAAGAAGUCCUGAGAAAUUCAAGAAAAGAAGAUAGUAUGACUUUUUUACUUGUAUAAGUAAAAAAAUCUGAAUGUCUAAGGGACAUAACUAAUCCAUUAAAAUAAUUUACCUAUACAAGUAAAUAAAAUACACUUGUAUAUGUAUCUUACAAAUUUACUUAUAUAAGUAUAUUACUAUUUACCUUCUUCAAGUAAAUAGAAAUAACUUGUACAAGUAGUACCCCCGACUGAGUGUAUCUUUAGUAUAUGUAGAAAAUUUUCCACAGUGCAUUUAAAUUUAUAGGAAUUUCAACAAUUAUAAAAUCUCUAGUCUAGUGUUUAAAAAAAUUUAUAAAGGAUUUUUUUAAGUGCAUGUUUGAUUAAUUGCAUGAACAAGUUCUUUCUGAUAAAGGAGUAGGCUUGAUAGGAAGAUAUUUUAUUUAAUUUUCACUGAACUCCUCACUUUAAACAUGUUAAAUAUAAAAUUUUGGUUUAUUUCUUGAUUAAAGUUGACAUAAUACUAUAAGAAAAAAAGAAGAUACUUCAUGAAUCAUGACGUCAGAAUAGAAUUAAUUAACGGUUUCAGAAUCUGAUGCAUUCUGGGUUAAUAUUUUCAAAAGCAUAUAAAAGUUUUGAUUGGCUAACAACCUCGUAAAUAAAGAAAUUCAACCAAUGGUUUAAAGAAUGUUCAAUUUGGGGGUAUGAACAAUUGGAUUACCCAUAGUUCUUUGGAUUCAGAAAUGGUGACUGUUAUAGUUAUUAUCUUUUAACCAUGUUCUUCAAAAAACUUUCCUUUUUUUACUAAAAAAUAUGAAGAGCAUAAAUGAAAUAAUUUAAAAAAUAUAUUUAAGAAAAUAUUUCUCUCUCUUAAAAAUAUUUGAAUAGUUUUUACAUGAGCUGAAAGUUUUUUUAAUCACAAAUAUAUUUAAAAACUAAGCUAUUUUACCAUUGUAAGAAAGAAUAUUCAAUAUUUUGUUACCUAUUUCCAUUGUAAAAUCUGAUAAAAUACUCAUCUGAUGUGAAAAACCUUAAAGGCAUAAUUAUGGAAUUUUUUAAGGCAACAUUCAGUUUGACUGUGUACACUUGACAUGCUUAAUUUUAGAAGCACCUAUUCCUUAUACAAACUUUGUUAUGAAAUAGUACAUUGUAAUAUAAGGAAUAAAAAGAAUCAUAUGUUUUUCCUUCACCACAUUAUUUAGUUAGCUCAAUUAUUUGUUAAUUCCAAAUAAAAUCAAUCGCUCACCCUUUUUGUUUUUUGCCUACUAUCAAUGACUAUUCUUUCUAACUAACUAUCAGUUUUUUUAAGGAGAAGGUUUAAUAUUGCCAUCUUGUUUGUCCGCAUCAUUUAUUAAACAUUCAAAUUUGGAAAGAGAUUUUUAUUUGAAAAAAGAAAAUUAUCAGUAGCUCUUAGCAUUCCUUUUCCCUUUUUCAUUCACAUAGUAGACCGAUUUUUUGUAUUUUUCAUUAAUAACAUAGAAUCCUGCUUAUAUUUUUUAGUUGAC